GGGAUGGUGAAUCGUCCGUGCCGGCCUGUGACUGAUUGAUAAGCGGUUGUUUUGCUGUUCCUCACGGUGGUGACGUGUCGGUGUUUGCCCCUCGAGAUUUGCGGUAAUCGCCUGAUUGACACCCGAGGCUUUCCUGCAGGGGUGACAUGGCGACCCUCGACUUCAGCAUUGACACUACAUGGAACGGCGGCGCCCUUGACCACACGCCCGUCAAGUUCAGCCUUUCCACCAGCGCCGACCAGCAGUACCUUUUCUUCAACAUCACAGCGCCCUUCUUCAACGACCCGCCUGCACCCCCGGGAACUCCUGGCCAGCCCUUCUAUGGCCUUUGGGAUUACGAAGUAGUGGAAGCGUUUUUCCUGAACAAUGCCAAUCAGUAUCUCGAGGUUGAGGUUUGCCCGUGGGGUCAGCAUAUCGUGUUGCUGUUGAGUGGCCAGAGGAUCACUGUGCGUCACUCCCUACAGAUGAAGGUGGAGACGGACAUAGGUGUCAACACGUGGACAGGCUCAGCGGCCAUCCCCGUCACCUACCUGCCCGAGAGGGUUACCUUGUUCAACGCCUACGCCAUCCACGGGUCAGGCGCAGAUCGUGUGUACGAAAGUUUGUAUCCGGCUCCCAGCACGGCGCCCAACCCAGACUUCCACGCUCUGGAGUACUUCAAGCCUAUUGACCUCUCCAGCAUCCUCCCCACGCAGGCCGGGGACCCCAUGAGUCAGCUGUGGAUGGACUCCCUGCAGGGACUGUUCCGUUACGAUAUCGCCACCACCUGGAAUGACCUGCCACUGCCCACCCCACGGGUUGAAAUCACCCUGCAAGGCUUUGAGGCUGGCGUAGAGAUGAACGUGACGGCUCCGUUCUACAAUGAUCCUGCUCCUCCAGGCACCCCCGGCAAGCCCUUCUACGGCCUCUGGGACUAUGAAGUGGUGGAGAUGUUCUUCCUCAACAAGAAUGACGAGUACCUGGAGGUGGAAUUGGGGCCGUGGGGACAACACCUGCUGCUGCUUCUUCAGGGGGAGAGGAACCCCAUCAGACACUCCCUGGCUCUGGACUAUAUCAUUACGGAGAGGACUGACCCUGUGGGGAACCAGCCGGGGCGGUGGAAGGGGUCUGCCAUGAUCCCCCCGGGCUACUUCCCCCCAAACGUGACCCUCAUGAACUCUUAUGCCAUCCACGGGACAGGCAAGGACCGGCAGUACCAGGCGCUGUACCCUGCACCACAUGACGACCCGCUGUACCCUAACCCUGACUUCCACAGACUCGAUCUCUUCCGAGCCAUCGACUUUGAGUUCCAGGUGAAAGACAACAAGGACUACUCUCAAGUGUGGCUGGACGCGAUGGGAUCAACAACGACUCCUGCAUCUGAGGACGCCGCGCCUACCCUCUCGGUGCCAGAGACCGAGGAGGUGAUGAUGACGAGCUUGGGACCACUGAGCGCCACCCAGACUAUCACCCCGGAGCCGGAGACCACCGAUCCUAUCACUUCAGAGCCUCAGGAUCCCGCCACCCAUCAGCCUGUGGGUCCCGACACUACAGAGCCUGUAAACCGUGCUGGCCUGCAGCCAACGGAUCAUAAUACUGUAGAAGAGAAAAACGUCAUAAUUCUUGACGACACCAUCCUUCGUGAAAUCACCAACACCGAGAAAACAGAACCCACCACAUUCAUUCCAAGGCUGGCCAAUACAGUUACUCCGGAGCCAUCAGAAACCAUUCCCGAGGACACUACUGAUCCCGUUGAUACUAACCCCACUGAAGCUGCCUCCCAAGACCCAACCACACUGCCGCCCACUACUCCUGCUCCUACAACUCUCCCGGAGCCUCUGGAGGCAUCGACACCCACGCUGAGCCCCGGAAAACUCAGAACAGCGGGGCACAGAAGACCCCACCCCCAAAGAGUAGACACUAACCAACAGACUGCUAAUAUUGCCUCACCGAACCAACCUGACCGUCCCAGACGCCGCCGCCCUGUGCCCACGCCUUCGCAGGUGCGCCCAAACAGACGGGUGGUUAAACAAAAGCUCCCGUCACUUCAAGGCUUGCCCAUUGAAGUUAAUCUCUCCCCAGAGGACGCCUUCAUAGUACAGCACAUUCUGUCUCGGCAAAAUCUUGGAUUCCAGAAUGCUAACAAUCAAGCUCGACGAAAUCAACAAAAUCAACAUCAGCAACCCUUCCCACGCGAUCAGGAGCCGAGCGCUUCAAUAGGUCAGCAGUUCCAGCCUCCUCGUGUCCAACAGCUUCAACCUCCUCGCGAUCAACAGUUCCAGCCUCCACGUGACGAGCAGUUCCAGCCUCCACGUGACGAGCAGUUCCAGCCUCCACGUGACGAGCAGUUCCAGCCUCCACGUGAUGAACAGUUCCAGUAUCCACGUGACGAGCAGUUCCAGCCUCCACGUGACGAACAGUUCCAGCCUCCACGUGACGAGCAGUUCCAGCCUCCACGUGAUGAACAGUUCCAGCCACCACGUGACGAGCAGUUCCAGCCUCCACGUGACGAACAGUUCCAGCCUCCACGUGACGAACAGUUCCAGCCUCCACGUGACGAGCAGUUCCAGCCUCCACGUGACGAAGAGUUCCAGCCUCCACGUGACGAGCAGUUCCAGCCUCCACGUGACGAACAGUUCCAGCCUCCACGUGACGAGCAGUUCCAGCCACCACGUGACGAACAGUUCCAGCCACCACGUGACGAACAGUUCCAGCCACCACGUGACGAACAGUUCCAGCCUCCACGUGAUCAGCAAUUCCAGCCCCCACGUCGCCAGCAGUUCCAGCCUCCACGUGACGAGCAAUUCCAGCCCCCACGUGGCCAGCAGUUCCAGCCUCCACGUGAUCAGCAAUUCCAGCCCCCACGUGACCAGCAGUUCCAGCCUCCACGUGACGAGCAAUUCCAGCCUCCACGUGACGAACAUUUCUCUACACCCAAGAAGCAGAAGCAACCUCAUCGUCGUCCGCCCUCAGCAGAGGAGGAGCAGCUCUCGCCGUCACGUGAGGGAGAGGCACCGUUAGCUGUGGAGGAGGAGAUUGGCAUACAGGAGGUGAAGGAAGUUAUCGCUUCUUUGACUGAGGGAGAAGCAGCCCUGCCGCCACCCCACCCCAUCUGCUUCUCUCCAGGCCUGGUUCCCGACGAGCACCGCUGCUGGGUGUUCCACGAGUGCGAGCUGGUGGACGGCCAGUGGCAGGUGUACUCAUGGAAGUGCAUCAGAGGCCAUGUGUACGAUCCUUUCAACGUGGCGUGCGUGCCGGGCAGGUGUCGGAGGCGUGGUUAGGAAUGCUUGCUGAGAGACACCUUGAGUAUAGCCUUUCCUUAUCCCGGUGUUUCCUGAAGGGCGAUAGUUUCUUCAGUGUGAGUGUGGCUCUCUCCCGAGCCUUUGCAAUGUCUCUCUAGCGGUCGCAGCUGCUGACCAAGGUGCAGCUUUAGAGGACUCAGUCUGUGUGACGUAUGAUGACUUUAGGGGAAACUGUAUUCCAUUUCUAUAUCCUUUUCCCCUGCACACUCCCGCAAAGGAUUCCACAGUGAGGGUAGGAUUACCUCCUGCAUGUUUGCUGCCUGACUGAACUUCAAUAAAAAAGUGUCUUUUUU